CCACACUGGGGGCAUGUCACGCGCACUCCACUUUGGCCCCCUUGUUUUUCGUCGAUCCAUCGUUGCAAGCAAGCCUGGUGCACCCAGCGCGUGCUGCCACGGCAUCGGCAGGGCUGUACCCAGGUUGCUUCCUGAUCCUCGUCCUCCGAAGCGAAGCACACCCAGCAGUACCGUCUGUAACACAUGCGCCGUUAGAUUAUAUAGGCGUUCGAACAUCGAACCCACCUUUGCUGCUCCGAUGCCAUGCCGUCACGAGACUACAUGGUUCGUCGACAAGACCGUCAAUACACCGAUCUGCGUAUCUACCGCACAAGACACACCGAUGGGAGUAGCCGUAUCGCACGACGUCUACUCCAACGAGACGGGGUGAUGGUGCGCAAGACCCUACCAGUUUUAACCCCGCAAUCGUAAGUUAUGAUGUUCAUGCCAUUAUGGAACUAUUGUUAUCUCGUGCUUUCGUAUCGCUCUACUGUUAUCAGUAACGAGAAACAGAAAUCUACUGCUUCCACUGUUUUUACUUAUUAGUCGCCAUGUCGCCAUAUUUCUGUAUCGCCCUCUCCCAUUUACGUCACUACGCGUUGACAUCGUGGCUGAAACCUACAUCGAACAAACGACAAAUGAAGCUAGCGUCUUAACGUUAUUCAUGAAUUUACGUAAUCCUACGUUUAGGUUAAGUUUUUGCAGAGAGUCUUAUCUACGAUAUUGAUUUUAAGCUUUCUGCGGACUAGUAGUGCGCUUAGAUUUCUAAAAACGGAACAGCUUGUAGCAGACGGUUGCGUCGCACUUAUGUUUACUUUAUCUAAAUUCGACAAUGUUACAGGAUUCCGAUACGUAACGUACAAUACUGUUCCUAAAAUGACACAAACAAGCGUUAUAAAUGCGGUGAUGCGAACACGCCGGCUGUAUUACAGAUUUAGGUUUAAUCAAUCGUAAACACUGCGUAAACGGCUGAGACGGCCGCCAUGUCGUACGCGGUAGACUUGUUUAAUGCGCAACAAAACAGAUGCGGAAGCUACUUGAAACGGAUGUGAACUUGAAGCAUAAUUAUCUAUAUAAUAAUAACGGCCUUAAAUUUGUGAAUUUUAAUGAACCGUGUUUAAUCAAAGCUGCAUUUCCUCAUUUAUUUUUUCCAUUAACGCUGUAACCGAUGCAGAUGAAUAGCAGACGACACGUACGCGUAACCAAAACUACUACACUUACAAGGGCAAUGAAGAUACAUGGCGUUUUUGGUGAAUAUACUAUUGGGAAUAAAACAUUUUCCGAUGUUUUCUUAAAUGUGUAGGGGUUGAUUUAGGAAAGUAAAUGCCCUUAGCAACAGAUGUCGCGGCGGUAGCAGAAACGGAACGCAGACGGCGUUUUCUGCUGCAGUGCGUCUGCGGUGUCGACUAUCGAGGAGACUUGGCCUCCACUGGCUGUAAAAGUGCUAGUUCCUAAACAGACUUAUGGGGGAUUAUACAUUCAGUGUAUCUUCCAACGUGAGGACCCUGUCUCCAGUCGAGUUUCAGCCGGGUACAGGUAACAGCGCGCUGUUCUUUAGUCCCGAUCAAAUCGGCCACACGAUGCAAGACGACCUGCUGCUUGAGAAGAGUGCCGGCGCACAAUCGCAGCUGUCGACUCAAAGUGUGGAGACCACAUCGAACGGUGAGCAAGCCCUUGAAGAGUACCCAGCAAGAAAGGGCAAAGGGGAUGAGGCGGCCGUCAGUUCGGAUAAAAUUGAAGUCCCGGACGCAGUAACAUCGCCAUUGCAGUUAGGUUUCUCGUCGGAGCCGUCCGUCAUCACGACAUCGGCACCGAGCUUUUGGUCAACCGUCGCCGCAGACGACGCUUUUAUUCAAGGAAUUCCAGCAGUGAACGGUACCCUGGCGUUCCCAAACUUCCCUGCGAGCCCAAUUUUUAGCCCAGGAUUGGGACACCCGCAACGGCGGGCCAUCACGGGUGCGCAUAACUUUGCCCCAUCUCGGGGCCCUGUGUUUAAGGCGUACUCUGCCUGGUCGAGCCCCCAACAACCUAGUUGGUCAACACCCCCAUGGACCCCAGGUGCAAAACGCUCAGUGGCUGGUCAAUUGCCCGGACCGCUUUCACCCCUAAAGGAAAGCCCUUUGGCCAAGUUCCGACGCAGCACCUCAUUGCCCGUCGCCGAGGAUUCCUUUCAGGACCGGGGUGCGAGUUGUCAGCCUGGACCUCUAGACACACUACGUUUCCCCCUAGAGCAGCAGCUGUUAGACAUGGUUCGUGAGCCGGAACCCCCACCACCUUUGAAAGGUUAUGCACCUCCACCAGUCUGUUACCCCGCUGGACCCAUGACAGGCGGACCCAUGGACCUGGCGAGCACGCAUCAAUGCAGCAAGAAAUUUCCCCGAGGACGUCCAUUCGGCCGGAGGAAAGGCAAGUCCCCUUUCUUCCUGGAGGCGGGCGAGUUGCUGGACGACGCGGACGGGCCCGCACCACCGUCCCCGCUCAGAGGUUCCCCCAAGGCGGAGCCCGAGCGGUACUCGAGGAAGGUUUUUGUUGGAGGGCUACCCCCGGACAUCGACGAGGAGGAGAUCACGGCCAGUUUCCGAAGGUUUGGGCCCCUGGUCGUCGACUGGCCCCACAAAGCAGAGAGCAAAUCUUACUUUCCACCGAAAGGUUACGCGUUCCUGCUGUUCCAAGACGAGGCCUCGGUGCAGGCGCUCAUUGACGCCUGCAUCCAGGAGGAAGACAAGUUGUACCUGUGUGUCUCCAGUCCCACCAUCAAGGACAAGCCUGUGCAGAUUCGGCCGUGGCGGCUUAGCGACGCAGACUUUGUGCUGGACGCUUCGCUGCCCCUGGACCCCCGCAAGACUGUCUUUGUCGGGGGUGUACCCCGGCCACUUAAGGCCGCCGAGCUUGCGAUGAUCAUGGACCGCUUGUACGGUGGAGUCUGCUAUGCGGGCAUCGACACGGACCCCGAACUCAAGUACCCCAAGGGUGCGGGGCGGGUAGCUUUCUCCAACCAGCAGAGCUAUAUAGCAGCUAUCAGCGCCCGCUUCGUGCAGCUUCAACACGGAGACAUCGAGAAGAGGGUGGAAGUGAAGCCGUACGUCCUGGACGACCAGAUGUGCGACGAGUGCCAGGGGGCUCGGUGCGGAGGCAAGUUCGCGCCCUUCUUCUGCGCCAACGUCACCUGCCUGCAGUAUUACUGUGAGCACUGCUGGGCCACCAUCCACUCCCGGCCGGGCCGUGAGUUCCACAAGCCCCUGGUGAAGGAGGGUGCCGAUAGACCCCGGGCAGUACCAUUUCGCUGGUGCUAGGUCUCUCUUUUCUCUCCUCGAGUCAGCGCUAAUUUAUAUAUAUUUAUCGACAUAUCGCCCCAACUUGUUCUAGUCAGCAGCAGUAGGAAGCUCAUGGACAGGGUUUUUGUGCCAAAGUUGAUUUGCUCGGUCGUUGCGUUCCCCGCCUUCGGUAUGCGAGCCAAGUUACCUUUUUUUUUGUAUUCAGGAUAUUUUUUCACUAGUCUACCCUUGUUUGGCAGAUAUUUAUGUACUCGUUGUAGUUUUAAUAAUAAAAAAAAAAGAAAGGACAGAGCAAAGGUUAGCGCAGCCUCGAAAAAAACGGGAUCCUUUGUUUUUUUUUGAACUGACAAAAUACUACAGCAAUAAGGCGGCUGAUGCUGUGGUGGCACCCCCCUAUAUCAAAAGUUACCUUGGAUCAAAAGGAAAAGGCUCCACCAAAGAGAAAUGUGUACACUUUGAGACAUUGUCUGUAUCUGUACAUAUAUAAAUGCAGUCAUCCAGGGGA